AUUCGUGAGAGUACGGUCACGCUGCACGAAAUCAACAAGUCAACAACCGCUAAAAAUUAUAAAAGAAACCAUUUUCAAACGAUUGCUGAAUAGUGCUCUCAAAAUGUCGAUGCAGAGACUGACAAACGUUAUCAGACUAACACCACGACUCUCCACCGUUGCCAUGCAACGCAACAACACGACAAACGCGUCACAUAGUGCCACAGUGCCGCACUUUAAUACGCUGGCCAUUACCUCGCCCAAACCCUUCGUCUUCCAUGUCGAACUCAAUCGUCCCAAGAAGCUGAAUGCCAUCAAUCGCGAGAUGUGGCUUGAGAUCAAAGACUGCUUCGAGGCAUUGGCCAUCAAUCCCGAUUGUCGUGCCAUAGUUCUCUCGGCGGCCGGCAAACAUUUCACUGCCGGCAUCGAUCUCUCCUCGAUGCUAAGCUUGGGGCAACAGCUGGCGGACAGCGAUGAUGUAGCACGCAAGGGAGUCGUGCUGGAGCGCACCAUCAAGCUGUAUCAGGACUCCAUAACAGCCGUCGAGCUGUGUCCCAAACCCGUGAUUAUGGCGGUGCACAUGGCUUGCAUUGGCGCUGGCGUCGAUCUGAUCACGGCUGCCGACAUUCGCUACAGCACUCAGGAUGCCUUCUUCCAGGUGAAGGAGGUGGACAUUGGCAUGGCCGCCGAUGUGGGCACCCUACAGCGUCUGCCCAAGGCCAUUGGUAGCCAGUCGCUGGCUCGCGAACUCUGCUUCACUGGACGUCGCUUCGAGGCCACCGAAGCCGAGCGCAGCGGCUUGGUGAGUCGCGUGUUUGCCGACAAGGAGGCGUUGCUUAAGGGCGCUCUGGCGGUGGCCGAAGAUAUUGCCAGCAAGAGUCCAAUUGCUGUGCAGGCGACCAAGGAGAACAUGGUCUAUUCGCUGGAGCACACGAAUCAACAGGGACUCGAUCAUAUUCGUGUCCUCAACAAGCUGUAUUUGCAGUCCGAGGACUUUGCUCAAGCUGUCGCCGCUCAACUCACCAAGGACGAGAAGCCCAUCUUUGCCAAGCUCUAAACUCGAAAUUCUAAGUUCUAUUGGAUUAACAAUUGUAUUGUAUCAUUUUUAAUUAUAUCAUCAUCACUCUCAA